CUGCUGUUUCUGCAUCGUUAAAAAGACCUGCCUUAAGAAGAAAAAAGGCAAGAAGGGAAAGAAAGGCAAAGGAGACAUGGGAAUGAAGAACAUGAAGGAAGGAGAGGUGUGAAAUGGCUUGCAGUGCCCCUCUCUGACCGCCUGGUGUAAGCUCAGACCGGGACAGGGAGAAUUGGGCAUUGGAGACUGGCUGAGAAUGAGAUCUUUGGCUUUUACUCGGGUCUUGCGAGCUGCAGGGCUGCUGAGGUUGCUUGAGGGACUAGUUUUGGGGGAUUGUUUGGGGGUGGGCUCGCAUUCCACCGGUUUGACAUGCAACCACGAGUAGUACGGGUAAUUUCGAACCUAGUGAAAAUAAGCCAUGGCCCUUUAAGAGUGUAUGUGCAUCUGGUUAUGAACUUAAACUUCAUCCCUGCUUAUGGAGAACACCAAUACACCAAUCCUCACUAACAUGCAUGUUGAAAGGGUACGGUUGGUGACUUGUCCUCCAAAACCUGCUCCACCUGUCUAAUGUCACAAAUUGGUCCCUUAAAAGUAUAUCAGUGUCUAACAUUUGAUUUGGCAGAACUUUUCUCAAACGGUGACCACAAAAAAGCAACACACAGACAGGUAAAGACUAGGUGAAGCAGCAUUUGAGACAAAGCCCAAUGCAUGCCCUUCAUACAGGCACCAGUGAAUGACCACGACUUGACUUGAGAGUAGCUUUUCCGGAUGACCCAUUGUAUGAAAAUAAACAAAUAAUCAUUGUUCUUGCUUUCUAAAAUGUGGAGAUGAGCCAAAGCAUAAAGCAGAAGUAACCUCUCACCCGGAGACUUAUUGCAAUAUUUGAGUCUGGUUUUAUUACUUUUGAAGGACGCGCGUGUGUAUGUGUGCGAGUUAAGUGUACUUUCUUAAGGGUCCUCUGUCUAAUAUCCUGCAGAAAUGAUGCGCUCCACCUUUAAUAAUUGAAGUAAACCGAGUUCUCUGUAUAUCACGUCAAGACCUUUAAAACGUCUUCAUGAUUAAUAGCCAAACAAACCAUGUGCAUUUUUCUAACCGACUCUUAAAAGCAAGUAAAAAAAUGAAUUUUUGACAAUGAAUCCAAAUCAGAAACGGUUAGUCAUUACGUUGUGAUUCGACCAGAAACAAUUGUUUACUGUGUUUGAUCUCUCCUUCACCGUUUCUUAUUUCAUCUGCCACCUUUACUAAGAUGAAUGCACUGUAACUUAGCAUGACUGCCUCCGAAUGCUCGAUGCAAGUCACUUCAGUUACAUACAGUAGGAGAACGGCAACACACUUCAUAUCAGGAAUACUGCAUUAGUCAUUAUUCAUCAUACUCUUUUAAUGCAGCAUUACAAGGGUUGUUCUUCUCUAUAGCUCUGUUAUUUAUGCAUUUAGCUAGAAAUAUUUCCAGACGGUCGUUGCAUUUUGUGGCUUGGCAUGCAUGAAUGCAUUUUAUCGUGUGACUUAAGAUAUAAGAAAUGGUGCUUUUUUUGUCUACAGUAUGCGUCUUUGAGUGUCUGUGUGUGUUACCGGAAAGGACAAAUCCUCACCCCCAGCAUUUUUUGUUCUCUGUCCUUCUUGUUUUUUUGUGUUUGUGUUUUUUUCCCCAAAGCUGAACAAGACAACUUCACCCAUAAACAGGACGAUGAUGAUGAAGAAGAUAUAGACACGGGAAUAACCGAAGAGAAAGAGGAAGAACCCAAAGAGAAGGAGAAGCUGGGAAAACUGCAGUUCUCCUUAGAUUACGACUUCUCUGACAACAAGCUGACAGUGGGUAUCCUGCAAGCUGCCGAUCUUCUCUCAAUGGACAGCGGAGGCACCUCCGACCCGUACGUCAAAGUUUUCAUUCUCCCAGACAAGAAGAAGAAGUUCGACACCAAGGUGCACAAGAAAACCCUCAACCCUGUCUUCAAUGAAACUUUCCACUUUAAGAUUCCGUUCGCUGAAAUGGGUGGCAAGACUCUGGUCAUGUCCGUCUACGACUUUGACCGUUUCUCGAAGCACGACGUGAUAGGCGAGGUGAAGAUUGCCAUGAACAAGGUGGACCUGGCCCAGCCCAUCGAGCAGUGGAGAGACCUGGAUAGUGCUGAGAAAGAAGAGCCUGAAAAACUUGGAGAUAUCUGCAUCUCUCUGCGCUACGUACCUACAGCUGGAAAACUCACCAUCUGCAUCCUGGAAGCUAAGAACCUGAAAAAGAUGGAUGUUGGAGGACUCUCAGAUCCCUACGUGAAGAUUCACCUUCUACAAAACGGGAAGCGGCUUAAGAAGAAGAAGACCACAGUGAAGAAGAACACGCUGAAUCCCUACUACAACGAAUCCUUCAGCUUUGAGAUUCCACAGGACCAGAUGCAGAAAAUCCAAGCCGUGGUCACAGUGCUCGACUACGACAAGAUCGGCAAGAACGAUGCUAUCGGGAAGAUCUGGGUGAGCAGCAAAGCACAGGGAACUGCGCUAAAACACUGGUCCGACAUGCUGGCCAACCCGCGCCGGCCCAUCGCCCAAUGGCAUCAGCUCAAACCCGAGGAGGACGUAGAUGCUGAGUUAGCAGCCCUCAAUGCCAAGAAGUAAUCCUGCCACUUCCCCUUGUCCUUCCUUCCCUCCCCGCCCCUCCCUCUCUCUCACUUUUCCUUUCUUUCACUUGCACAUCACGUCAUCUUAACCAAUCAGCACCGAAUAACAGCCGUAGGCUAUCGGACUAGAGACUAAAGGUAUUAGAAGAACACAAAUCGAGAUAGUGUCUGAUCCAGCGAGGAAGCUGAACAAAGGCUGUUUCGACUGAUAUCAAUGUUCUUCGAGAAAAGCCCGAUCUCUGAGGGUCCUUUGGGGAACAACACAGGGUUUAAUUCCAGAGGAGAUGCGAGCUCACAUUUCAGCACAUUGACACUCGAGCAUCCAGCUGAUCAUUCCAAAUAUUUUGCAUCGGUGACCAGGGAUAGAAAACACUGCCUCUUCCACUGCCUAAUUUUAACACAUUUCUAGAUUCUCUGGUCAUCUAGAGUUCUGUUACGUUCGAGUCUGAAAGGACAGUGAGGAAUGAUUCGUCAUUACGAAUAUAAAAAUUAAACGCAGCAAACAUUGGGAAAUGGAGAGAUGGUUGGACUAGAUGCUCCUGACCCAUCGAGAAGGAAUUUUUCAGGGGUCGUCGGUUACACUGCCUGCAAACAACCUUUUCUUCCAUCCUUCAGUUCGAACGCUCAGCCAGAUGGCUGACAUCCUAACAAAACCCUGACAAAAAGGAGACAAGCCUUCAAACAUCAUGAUAUAAGCAAUUCUUAGCUGCCAGGGACGUCUUCCUGUUAGCGUCAGUGUUUUUAUCCUUUGCUUUGAUUCGUUGUAUGUAAUGUCUUCUGCCUGAGCACUUUAAAUGGAAGUGUGUUUUCGUUGUUGACAGUAUUUUCACUCGCGUUCGGGAGGUUGUUGCUUUGAUUCGUGUUUUUGAUGAUCCGGACCAAGUCGCUAUGAAUUCAUUUUGCGUUUUCAUCGAUUUUUGUUUCACACCAGAAGUUGAGGAAGGCAGGUCAUGACAGAGGGCGACGUGACAUGUGUAACGGGAACUUACCAAACCGCUGAACCUAUUUGCACUACAUUCUGUAGAUGUUGUACUUUUGUGAUGGUGGAUUCUUGAUUCCAGUUGUCCGAAUUUGCAUAGGUUUCAAAAAGGGAACUUCAUCUGAAUCAGCUCCUGACGGCGCAAGUAAUUGUUAAGAUAUGAAUAUAAUUUUGCUUAUGAGCCACGCAGAACUAAAUCUUCAGGCGAAUGAUCCUCAUACUACCUGGAGAAACUCGGCUGGCGAAGAUGAUACCUUGGGAUCAUUUUUUCAAUUAUCAACCAGUUUAGAAAAUUGCAAGCCUGAAUCUUAUCAAGAUAUUUUUACGCCGCAUCAUUUAUUGCGUGUCGAUUUUUAAAUUAGGCCAAUUGCGACAGGCAUAGAUUUCCAAGUGUGAAUUUAAAGGACGGAUUGAAGGUUUGUGUACUCACAAUGCUUUGACCCAAGGUAAACAACUCAUUGUCAUAACGAAAUUUCACUUUAGUGCUGCAAAAAGCGUCUAGUAGUGGCAUGUUCAGCUUGUAUCGAAAGUAAUUUUACAUAGAGAUGCACCGACACUACAUUUCUCCACCGAUAUGAUUAUUCAGAGUGAUAUCUGCCGAUACCGAUUCUGAAGAUUGAAUGAAUAUUUCUUAACUUUUUGAACGUUAUUAAUUCAUAUAAAUACUAUUAAUAUUGAAAAACUGGUGAUGUUUCCUAACAUUUUCUAUAUACAGAGCACAAAUUUAUUGCAUUUUUCUGUCCUCUUUUGAUUGACAGGACAUAUAGACCCUGAUCAUCGUCUUUUAUCGACCAAUACCAAUUAUUGGCUGAUAUAUCGGUGCAUCUCUAAUUCUUAACCCAACUUUUAGAGAGUCUGUCAUCAUGUAAUUCAAAGCCUGUAAUAUGUUCUGUAUUGGAGCAAGAUUUGAAAUUUAAGUCAUUAUUCCUUGACAAUCACCCCCUUUGCCACGUUAUUGAGUAUUUGUGGUUGGGGUGGGGUUAGGGGCUACACAAUAUAAAAUUUAAAAAAUGUAAUAGGAUAUAUAAACUAAAAUACUCUUAAAUAUAAAAUACAGAGGCUUUGGCAGAGUUCUCCAAGCUGGGGUUUGGUAAUGUUUGGGUAAUGACAAAAUCGCUACAGCAACGUGACCCACGCGAGACUGCCGUGUCUAAAAACAAGUCGCGUUCAGUUGCAAUAACUUGUUUUGUCAAGUUGAUUGUAAAAUAACAGGUACUUCCAUCCACAUUCACAUUUUGAAAUUAAGUUUCUUCGCAAGAUUUACAAACGUUUGGUUAUUUAUCGCUUGCUUAGACGACUUUGGUUUGUUUUACUGGUAAUAUUGAAACACGUCAUUUAGAGAUCAACUUCUGUGUUAACUCUUUCAAUGUGAGUUAAUUCUACACAACUCUGUCUUUUAUUAAAAAAGAGAAAAACAAACACAAAGAAAUCGUAAAUUGCAACUAACAACCCCCCUCCCCAAACCCGUAAGAGUGUAGUUUUAACUAUAUAUGCAUAGUUCCUACUUUAUAAUACUGCAUGUUACAAUAAAAAGAUUCGCAUGUUUCAGAGAUGAAGCAAAAAUAUAUUGUGUAGAUGUUCUUUGUCAUUUUAAUAACAAAAAGGAGGGGGACUGGCUUAAGAUACGGUGUAUAUUUUCUAAUUAAAUAAAAUAUGUAUUUAUUUUCUGUGAGGGGUACUGGAGAGAUCAUGAACUAAACUAGACUAAACUUCAUUUUCAGAUUCAAUCCAUGCCUGAACAUCAAGAGCAAAUAUGUUAAGUGCUUCGUGUGAACUAAUGUAGAGUGAAAACGUAGCCGCAUGCUUGCCGUCUACUAAUAUUGUUAAAAAUGUUAAUGUAUUAAUUUACUAUUCAAAAUGCUUUUUCUUAUUUUUAGAGUAAUAUUUCUAUGUGUUUUCGUCAGAAUAUGUUUGUGGGAAGUAAAAACUUCCAUCGGGGGCUCCAAGUCUGAAUAUCCCCUGCCCCCAUCUUAUGAUGUAAUGUUUUAGGUCACACUGAAUCGUUAUAAAAGUUAUAUUGUUUUCCGGUUUUUUUUUCUCCAAUAUUUGUUUAUUAUUUUUAUCCUUUUCACUAUCAGUGCCAAUAAGAAUAAGUCACGUUUACUGCCAUUUUACCUGACUUUAUGUCAUUCUUGCGUGAUUUUUUCGGACCAACUGAUUUUUACCUUGGCGACCAAGUCGCCAAAGCACAAUAGUACCAAUCGCAUGAUCGAAAACUUGGAGUCCCCAUUGUUUUCUAAAAGCUUUUAUUUCAGAAAAUUUUACAUAACAACAGCGUUUAACUAGCCAAUAAACAGUAAGUUUGUGUGUGCGAAUGUGAAUAAGAUAAAGCCAUAAGACUUGAGCUAAAUCUUUGAAGCUCAGCUAUAUAGAUGUACUUAAAAUAACCCUGAAAAUGUCUCCUCCUUUCAUACUGUAGGCCUAUGUGUCUCCUCAACAUUCCAUUCAAGUCUGUGAUGCUAUAGGGAGCCACACAUUCUUAAAGAUAUGCUCAUUUGAGCAUUAUUGGCGGUUUUACUUGCAAUAACCAGUCUCUCCUAAUAAUGUGUCUUUUUAAUGUUUUUGUAUUAUUUGUUUUGUUCUAUGUUGAGUUUUGUAAAUGCCUUGAUUUAACACAGUCUACUAGGGACAUCUGUACUGUAUAAACAUACACGUGUGGUCAGUCUAGUUGUUGCCAUUCCACUAUGUAUGUUCACACAUGCAUUUUUGGGCAAAGGGCAAUUUAAAAGGGCAGUUUAUAUUCAUGGAAAAUACAAUCAUUUAAAGCUGCAAUCUGUAAUGUUUGCCUCUAUAUCGCCAUCUAUGUUUGAAACAUAAAAUUGCAGGUUACUUUACAUACUCAUUCUUAUGUGAGUUGAAGUAAUGUCAAACUGACAUUUCUGCAAAAUCCGACCCGACAGCUCUAUUAUAACCAAGAAAAGUUACAGAUUGCAGCUUUAAUGUGCAGACGGUUUCUACGUACACGUAGAAACAUAAACAACGUUAUUCAAACGAAGUUCAAACUCAACUUCAGAUAGACAUCCGCAAAGAAUCAAUAAUUUUCAUUUAAUUUAAUACAAUUAAUAUGCCAUAAAAUAUUAAAAUAAAGUAGUAUUAAUAUAAAUUAAAUAUAAUAUAAAUUGUUAUAUUACUACCCACUAGCAAGACCAAUAACAAAACACAGACUAUAAGUUCACUUCGGGCCAGGCACAUGAAUCCGAUAAACCGUCUAAAGAGUAACUUUUUAAAUAUGCAUUUAAUUAAUAAUAAUUAUAAUAAUAACAACAACAAUAAUAACAAUAAAUUGACAUGGAUCAAUUAGCUAAAAAAUAUAAUAGAAAUAAAACCUCAAACAGUGGAUGCUGCUAAUCGGACAUAAAUUUAUUUAUUUAUUUAAUUUAAUAAAUAUUUGUUUGUUUGUUUUUAAACAAUUGAAACCUUAAUUCUAAGAAAUGAAGCAGAAAUGUGCAGAGUCUAAGUCCACUUAAUGUCAAUCAGCAAGAAGAGAAAAUUCUUUGGGCUUGAGUGCGUAUGAUCGUGUGUGAAUUGAAUCAACAAUGCAUAGGCCCUUUAAUAAAUAUUCAUUUGUUGUGAGUACAUCGAGCACUGCCAUUCUGCCUAUAGGGCAGCGUGCACAAUAAACAUUUAUUUCAAACAUUCCUAAUUGUUAACCACAAAGUGGCUAUACUUGCGGGUCAAUACAUUGCGAGCAGACAAUAAAAACGAUGCUGGGAUAGUUUUGAGAGAUGGAUAAAGCCCACAACUGCCUGCCAAUGUAUAGAUCAGCAUGCAAAAGCAAGUCUGUGGUCUGUAGUAUUGCUCAGUGAGUGUUUUUUUCUGUUGUGUUGAUGAAUGAGAGAUUGUUCUAACACCCACAGCAGAUAUACGUAUCUUUACAGUUUUGUUUAUUUCUAUGGAUGCCAGCCAGAAACAAAACAACAAAUGAGGGGAUGCCUUCUCGCUUGCUUUUGUGAAAUCACACAUCUAGACAAACGCUCUGGGGGCCAAAAGAAUCAAAAGCUUGCCAUUGUAUUCAUUUUAUUUCCUUUUCUUGUGUCAUAUCUCAUAUCUGGAGUCAUAAAAAUGAUCCUUUUUCUAUUUGUGCAGGUUUAGUUUUUUUAGUCAGUGGGAGACUGUAAGGGUUUGUUUGUACCUGUUUUAGUGUUGUUGUGUGUGCGCGUUUGCGUUGCGUGUUCAUGUCUGUAUCGUCGUGCCUAGUGUGGAUCAAUCGCAUGCUUUAGCCCCUGACGGGACACUUUGAGAAUACGUUGCUCACAGACUCUUCCCAUGAUCCCUAACGGACGGUACAUGAGCAUCAGCAAUCCUUGUGAAGACGUCAAGGGAACCAAAUAGCUCUUCGGAUUUAUCAUACGUGUUACCAGCUCUGUACUGAAACAAAUGAUAAAAUAAAGGCCUUUAAAUACACUUA